AUGAAGCUGGAUUAUGUUGUCACGGCGGCUGCCUAUGGCUCUGCCACCCUUCCAGGUGCUCCUGAUCAGUGUUGCGCCGCUCUACUAAGUGAGGCUGGCCUUGCCGACCAGGUCGUCACCAAGGACCAGACGCUCUACAGUGACCGUAUAGACUCUUACUGGUCCGUCAGCGCUGCUCUGCAUCCAGAGUGCAUGGUCCUGCCUAGGACUCCUGAGGAUGUGUCCAAGAUCAUGAAGGUCAUCACCAAGAACCAAUGCAAGUUUGGCGUUCGCGGUGGAGGCCAUGGUAACUUUGCCCUGUCUAACUCUAUCGAGGACGGCAUCACUAUCGACUUUGGCUUCAUCAACGGCACAUCCUAUGACGAAGACGAGAAUAUCGUCUCAGUAGGGCCUGGUGGUCAUUGGCAAGACGUCUACGACACUAUCAGCCCCUAUGGUCUUGCUGUUGCUGGUGGUCGUGCUGGAACUGUUGGUGUCGGAGGGUUCGUGACUGGUGGUGGAAACUCAUUCUACUCUGCGUCUCAUGGAAUGGCCUGUGAUACCGUGGCCGGUUGGCAAGUCGUUCUCGCCAACGGUGAUAUUGUAGAAGCCAACGCCAAUCAGAAUGCCGACCUUUGGCAGGCUAUGAAAGGUGGCUCCGGCAACUUCGGCCUCAUCACCCGUAUUGACCUGUACCCUAUUGAGUUCACCGACCGCAACAACCCCGUCAUCUGGGGAGGCAACCUCCUCUACAAGCCCGAGUCAGGCCCUGCAGUCAUCGACGCCCUCAUUGACUUCACCGCUAACGUCCCCAACGAUGAAAACUCCAGCAGCAUCGUCUACUGGGCCUAUCUACCCGCUAUCGCUGGCGGCACCAUCCUAAACGCUGCUAUCGAGAACACAAAGGGAGAGGUCAAGCCCCAUGCGUUCGACAGCUACUACGCUGUUCCCGAUAUACAAGCCGACACAACCGUUACUGAGAAGCUGAGUAAGGUAACCAAGGAUCUUGGUUCCGGGCAGCCUCCUCACUUCCGCAAUGUCUGGUUCACAAGUUCUUUCAAGCCCAAUGCCGCGCUCCUGACCUACGUCGUCGACAAGUUCAACAAACUCAACGAGGAUCUCGAGGCUCUUAUGCCCAGCGACAAGUCGGAGCUCAACACGCUCUGCAUGUUCCAGCCCAUCACCAAGUCCAUCGCCGACAAGGGCGUCAAGAAUGGAGGCAAUGCCAUGGGUCUCGACAAGUACACCGAAUCUGGCGAUGGCAUCAUGUUCUUGCUCACCUGGGCUGCCAAGGGCGAGGAGAACGAGGAGGCUGCUUUCCCUCUCCUCAAGGCGUACAUGGAUGAUAUUGAGGCCAGGGCCAAGGAGCAGGACGCUUGGUGGCCUUGGAAGUUUAUCAACUAUGCCCAUCUGUCACAAGACCCCCUGUCAACUGUUGGCGAUGAGGCUCUUGCUAAGCUUCGCGCAGCCAGCAAGAAGUACGACCCCCAGGGUGUUUUCCAGACUCUGCGGUCUUCUGGCGUGAAGAUUCCCCGUUCUGAAUAG